AUGUGGCGUAUCACAACCUCAACCAGCCAGUCUUACCAAACUCUUACAUCCCGUCUUCAACACCUCCCCGCGAAACGGACCUGGCCAGAAGCACAACCGUCUCAGAGAGCUUGGAGCACACUUCCUUACAACAACAAUACAACGCCGAACGAGCACGAUCAGUUGGAGCGCACUGCUAGGAGCACAACCGGCUCAGAGAGCUGUGGAGCACACUUUCUCGUGACUCCGCCACAGCGUGAAAGGAGCACAAUCGUUCAAAAACAUACUUCUAGGAGCACAACCGGCUCAAGUGAGCUGCCGAGCACGUGUGCACCAGGUGUGGCAUCGAAGAAGAAGCACGCACAAUUCCCCAGAAGCAUGGCCAGAACAUAUGCAAACAAGUGCCUUUCACUCUACCCUAAGCAUCGCUUACUAGCCUACACACAUAUCACUGGAAAGCUGUCAAAUACAUCUUGGACUCCACAAAUACAAAAGGAUGGCUGGCUCAGAAGUCUCCGCAUAUCUAGCUCCGUCGAUGACAAAGGACUAGAGGUCGAGUUGUACUGUACGCUGCAUUUCUUCAUGAACAGUCAGCUCGGAGAGCAAAGCAUGCUCCACGGUGUCAGUAUCAUAACAAAAGAGCUCGGCAAUCUUGAACAGCGCCACCAGCUCAACGAGCUCUCCCAAAGAUCAAACUCGGUUACAACGUCUCUCAUCAGCGGCUAUGCACCUUUACACAGAAGCAGCUCCAACAAAACCGAGCACAUGCGCACUGCCCCAUCUGCCAGGGGGCUAUAA